AUGGUGGACAUGAGCCGUAUGGCGGAGGCCAUGGCGAACUUGACGAUUGUGGUGGCGCGACAAGCUGCUAAUGCUGCCGCAUGGGUUACUGCAACUGCUCAAUGGAUUGUCGCCGAGGAAGAGUGUCUGGCACGCCUGCAGCGACAGGAGGAGGCACAAGCUCAGAUUAGGGGACUCAUUGAUUUCGGUCGCCUUGACCCGCCUAAGUUCUUUGGAGGAGCCGACCUAGAGAAGGCGGACUUGUGGAUUCAAGAGAUCGAGGAGAUCUUCAGGGUGUCGAGGAUCCCAACCGAGACAAGGGUGGAUUGUGCAACUUAUCUGCUGAUGGGAGAAGCUGAAUAUUGGUGGAGAGGAACACGCAUGAUGAUGGAAUCCAACCGUGUGCUUGUGACGUGGGAUGCUUUCUGCGUUGUCUUUAUGGACAGGUACUUUCCGAUUAGCGCAAGGGAAGAAAAGGAAGCACAAUUCUUGAAGUUUUUUCAGGGGAAUAUGGUGGUGGCAGAGUAUGCCGCUAAGCUGGAAUCUUGGGCGAAGCACCGUUUCCUUGCCAACCGUGUUGAUGAGGCGUAUCUAUGCGCUAAGUUUACGAAUGGGCUCCGACCUGAGAUCAAAGAGUCGGUGCAGCCAUUGGGGAUACGUGCAUUCCAACCGUUGGUGGAGAAGUGCAGGGAGAUAGAAGCAAUAAAGAACAAGAGGAAGGAUAAGCGGUAUCGAGGAGGACCGAUGAGGUCCGGAAGCCAAGGCCAAGGAGGGCGCGACAAGAGGAAACGACAUCAGAGGAAGCCUUACCAUCGUCAACAAGAAGAUGAGAAGUCUCAGGGAGGGUACAGACCCAUGCCUACAGCCCUAGGAAGACGAGGGAGCCAAGCCCAAAACCGUGGUGUUCAGUGCUUCAUAUGUGCAGAGUUUGGGCAUUUUGCCGCUGCUUGCAAGGAGGAUGGACCAUUAUGCUACAAUUGUCACAAGCCGGGACAUCUUUCCAGAGACUGUAGGGCACCAAAAGUGGAGCUAGCUGCGUGCGUUACACGAGGGACUCACCCGACUGUCGAAGGACGAGUGCACUUAAUGGAGGGGACCGAGGCUACUGGUGCUGAGGAGGAGACCUGA